AUGCGCGGGGUGGCGAUGGCGCCGGUGGGAGCGGACGCGGAGAGCGAGACACUUGGCAACCCUUGUCGUGCGGGCCAAGCUUCAGGCAAACAAGAGAGCAGACCGAGAUUACUGCCUACCCCGCCUGGGCUGGGCCUGAUGGAGGCCCGCGUUAAAGGGAAGGCUCCCGGCUAUGAAGGGGAGCCCAUGUUCGGGGAUUCCAGAGGCGGAUGA